AUGACUGAUAUAAAGGCUCCAUUAAUUGAUCAUUUGUCUAGUACAUCAUUUAAAAUAACUUAAAAAGAAUUAUGUGAUUUAUUUUAACCUGACCAUAUUCGUGAUGGUGAAUCUGUCAAAAAACUUUGUGAUUAUAAUGGAAUAUAAGGGUUAGCAUCAUUAUUAAAAACCAGUUUAAAAAAUGGUAUUGAUUCAAGCUAAUAAUCUUUGUUAGAACGUUAAAAAGCUUUUGGAAUUAAUGAAUAAAUAGUAAAACCUUCAAAAACAUUAUGGGAAUUAAUAAUAGGAUAAUUUGAAGAUAAGAUCCUUAGAAUAUUAUGUGCUGCAUCUUUAGUGUCUUUAAUUGUUGGAGUAAUUGAAGAAGGCUUAGAAUAAGGAUGGUUAGAAGGUUUUGCAAUAUUCGUAGCAGUAAUAAUUAUAGUAUCUGUAACAUCUAUAAAUGAUUAUAUGAAAGAUAAAUAAUUUAGAAAGCUUAAUUAAUAAGCAGAAAGAAGAAAUGUUAAUGUAGUCCGUGAUGGAAAAGUUGAAAAUAUUUCAAUAUUUAGUUUACUAGUAGGUGAUUUAAUGCAAAUAGAAACAGGAGAAAUAUUCCCAGUAGAUGGUGUAUUAAUAAAAGGAAAUAAUUUAAUAUGUGACGAAUCUUCCAUUACCGGAGAAUCAGAUCCUAUUAAGAAAUAACCUUAUAAUCAUCCCGAAAAACCAGCUCCAUUUUUAGUUUCAGGUUCAAAAGUAAUAGAAGGAAGUGGAGAAAUGUUAAUAAGUGCCGUAGGUGUAAAUUCCUAAAAUGGCAAACUAAAAUUACGUUUAUAAGAAGAAGAUGAUGAUGUGAAAACUCCUUUGUAAGAAAAACUAGACGUUUUAGCAGACGAAAUAGGAAAAAUAGGUAUAACAUGUGCUACUUUAACUUUUUGUGCAAUGAUAGUUAAUUUAAUGAUUUCAAAUUAUCUUAAUGGAUAUUCUAUUAUCUAAAUUGCUAAUAUUGAAGAUAUUGUCGGAUUUUUCAUUAUUGCUGUUACUAUUGUUGUUGUUGCCGUCCCUGAAGGACUUCCUUUGGCUGUUACUAUUGCCUUAGCUUAUUCUGUAGGAAAAAUGAAAGAAGAAAAUAAUUUAGUUAGAUUUUUGGAAGCUUGUGAAACUAUGGGUGGAGCUCAUACCAUUUGUAGUGAUAAAACAGGUACACUUACUUAAAAUAAAAUGAAAGUUACUAGGCUUUUUGCUUAAGAAAAUAUUUUUUCAGAAUUUUAAAGUAAAGAUUUCUAAAAAAAAAUUCUUAAUUAUUUGUGUGAAGGGUAAUUUAUAUAUAUGUUUUUUUUGUUUAUUUUUAUGAAAAAUAGAAUUUGUAUUAAUUCUAAUGCAUUCCCUAAAAUAAGUGAAAUAGGAAAGUUUGAAUAAAUAGGAAAUAAAACUGAAUGUGCUCUACUUCAAAUGGCUUACGAAUUUGGAUUUGAUUUUAACAAAUAUCGUCCAUCUGAAAAUAUUAUAAAAAUAAUACCUUUUUCAUCAAGUCGUAAAAGAAUGUCGACAGUAUAUAAAUCAUAAGAAAACACAAUCCGUGUAUAUACGAAAGGAGCUCCAGAUCUAUUAUUGCCUUUAUGUUGUAAAUACGUUAAUAAAUUUGGAGAAGAAUAAUAUAUUAACGAAGAAUAUAUAGGUUUAUUAAAAUCAAAUCUGAAGAAAUUUGCUGAUGCAUCUCUUCGUACAAUCUUAAUAGCAUAUAAAGAGUACCCGGCGUCCUAAAUGACCGAACAAUUAUUAUCAAAUGACGAAAAUCUAGAAUCUGACUUAAUAAUAUUAGGUUUAACCGGAAUAUAAGAUCCUCUCAGACCUGGAAUUUCUGAAGCAGUAUCUACAUGUAGAGCUGCUGGAAUAACUGUAAGAAUGGUAACAGGUGAUAAUUUAGAUACAGCAAUAGCAAUAUCAAAAGAGGCUGGAAUAAUCGCCUAAGAUUUCAAUGUUGCAGAUAAUCCUUAUACCGUUAUGGAAGGAAAAUAUUUCAGAUAAUUAGUUGGAGGAAUAGUUUCUGUUAACGAUAAAGUUUCAGUUGGGAAUCUUGAUAAAUUUAAAGAAAUAGCUCCCCACUUGAGAGUAUUGGCUCGUUCUUCUCCUGAUGAUAAAUAUUUACUUGUAACAGGCUUCAAAUAAUGUGGAUAAGUUGUUGCAGUUACAGGAGAUGGUACUAAUGAUGCUCCAGCACUAAAAAAAGCAGACAUAGGAUUUGCUAUGGGAAUCGCAGGAACAGAAAUAGCCAAAGAAGCCUCCGGAAUAAUUAUCCUUGAUGAUAAUUUUAGUUCAAUAAUAACUUCUAUUAAAUGGGGAAGAAAUAUAUUUGAAUGUAUUAGAAAAUUUUUAUAAUUUUAAGUUACAGUUAACAUCGUUGCUAUGUUCAUGGCAUUUAUGGGAGGUGUCAUUUUAAGAGAGUCGCCCCUUAAUUCAAUCUAAAUGUUAUGGGUUAACCUUAUUAUGGACACGUUGGCGUCUUUAGCACUUGCUACAGAAUCCCCUAAUAUGGAAUUGUUAAAAAGAAAACCAAUUUCUAGAACUGAACCUAUGAUAAAUGCUUUAAUGUGGAGAAAUAUAAUUUGUCAUGGAGUUUAUUAAAUUAUUGUACUUACUAUUAUACUUUUUUAUGGACCAGAUUUAUUUGAUAUAUCUUCUAGUAUUCAUGCAAAGCCUUGGAAUGAAGAAAAUGGAAUUCAUUAUACAAUUUUCUUUAACGUUUUUGUUUAUUUGUAAGUCUUUAACGAAAUAAAUGCCAGAAAACUCAAAAGAGAAGAAAAAAAUGUUUUUGUUGGUUUUUUUAAUAAUUCUAUGUUUUUGUUUGUUAUUUUUGGAACUAUUAUUGUUCAAAUGACUAUUAUUGAAAUCGGAGGAAAAGCUGUUAAAUGUGCUCCUUUAACUACUAGUUAGAAUAUUACUUGCAUUUUUAUUGGUUUAUCUUCCCUUUUAGUUGGCUUUAUUAUUAAACUUAUCCCUGUCGGGUUUUUCAAUACUUGCAAAUUAUUAUCUGAAGAACCCCCUAAAAACGUACCAUUUGACUAAUAGGGUACUAUAAGAGACAUCAUUAAUAGACCUUCAUAAUUAAGAGCUAGAAGCUCUCUUAGAUAAUCUAUUAGAAAGUCUUAAAGAGUUUCUCAAAGUAACUCUCAAAAAUAAUAAUAAUAGUAAGUUGGUGGACAUAAAGUUGUAGAAAUGAAAUAAUAUAAUUGA